CAAACAUUUCCGUUCAUACAGCUAAUGUGACAACUUCACGCUUUUCUCAAUCUCUCUGUCGGAGAGAGAGAGAGAGAGACUCGAUACUCACCGUCAAAAAAGGAAGAGACUUUCGUGGUGGGUUUCCCGAGACUUGGAGAAAGAGAUGAGUUUUCGAGAUUUAGAGGCGGGAAGAGGAAGAUCAUUAGCUUCGUCAAGGAACAUCAAUGGAGGAGGAGGAGGACAAGACACGACGCAAGCCGUAGCCUCCGGUAUUUUUCAGAUCAACACAAGCGUCUCUAGCUUCCAACGACUCGUCAACACUCUCGGUACUCCCAAAGACACCCCCGAGCUCCGAGAUAAGCUGCACAAGACAAGACUAUAUAUCGGACAGUUAGUGAAAGACACAGCAGCUAAACUUAGAGAAGCUAGUGAAACUGAUCAUCAAAGAGGUGUUAAUCAAAAGAAGAAGAUUGUGGAUGCUAAGCUUGCAAAAGACUUUCAAUCUGUAUUGAAAGAGUUUCAAAAGGCUCAGCGUCUCGCUGCUGAAAGAGAAACCGUGUAUGCUCCUCUUGUGACCCUACCAUCUCCUCCUUCUAGCUAUACAGCCAGUGAGAUAGAUGCGAAUGCAGAUAAGCCUCUAGAGCAGCGUGCGCUUCUUGUUGAAUCAAAAAGACAAGAACUUGUACUGUUGGACAAUGAGAUUGCGUUUAAUGAGGCUGUUAUUGAAGAAAGAGAGCAAGGGAUAGAAGAAAUCCAGCAACAAAUCGGCGAGGUGCAUGAAAUCUUCAAAGACUUGGCAGUGUUGGUACAUGAUCAAGGAACCAUGAUUGAUGAUAUCAGUACUCACAUUGAUAACUCCCACGCUGCAACUGCACAAGGAAAAUCCCAUCUCGCAAAAGCCUCAAAGACGCAAAGAUCGAACUCUUCCCUGACGUGCUUGCUCUUGGUGAUUUUUGGUAUCGUGCUCCUGAUUGUCAUCAUAGUGCUCGCGGUUUGAGUGCUGCAUCAUCAAUCAAGAAAGCAUUGAUGAGUGCCUGGUUGUUCAAUUGUCACCUCAUGGCUUCUAUCCGUUGCUACCAUUUAGUCUGUCUGGUCUUUUUGUCUCUUGUUAUUGAGUAUAUAGAGUAGUUCCCUUUGGUUGGUUUGGUCUGUGGGUAUUGGGUUUUGUAAGAAAGUGUGUUACUCAGCGUUGUCUAUGUAAGACAAUUCUUCUGUUGAAGACCAGAGUGAUUGAUAAAAGUGAAAUCUUCUAUU